AUACCGGCGGUAGCAUUACACUGCUCGUCUGUUACUUUCAAGAAUGAAGGAAUGCUUUUUCUCAUUGAGUCUACUGACAAUGGUAAGUAUCGAUUAUUGCAUUCACAAACCCCUUCUUUUUAAAGACACCUGAUUUUGUGACAAUUCUCGUAACGGAAUAUACUUGGCUAUUCCUGGUUCUGAUGGGCAGACUAAGAAUUUUUUUGAUGCGUCAUUCUUCUACCAUAAACUUCACGUCACCCUUUUGUUCUGCUCUCUCAAUUGAUACCGACAGGCGUUUAUGGCCUCGGAGACCUUAUGCUUGUUUGCAUUUGUAGUUCAUCCUUCCCCCUGUUUUCAUGCAUACAGUACAGGGGGUGCUUACCAUCUUGCCAAACCAAACAGUCCCGGCAAAAACGGGUGGAAUUUCAUGGGAAAAUGGUCAAAACGACCACCACAAGACAUGUAUUUACAUUCAGGGGAGCUAAACGUAGUGUCAGUGACAGAGAAUGUAAAUACUUUCCUACUGGUAUGAACGCACGUUAGCCGCUAUGGCGGUAAUUGACGCUAUUGUUUUGAGGUAUAUAAGGUUUUUACAGUUGUAAUGUAUUCAUCUCAGCUCUCGAACUAUCAACUUUUAUUUUUAUAUCUUACUUUAUUCAUCUGUUGAUUGAUUUUUUACCCUUAACACCCAGAGGUUGUGCGAUCGCAUCGGUUGUGGAAUACGUUCCCAAUUUUUUCCCAUUGGGUUUUUGGGUUUUCGUAUCAGGCGGCGCACGUGUAUAGUUUAGCCUGAGUGACUUUAUUUAGGGAUAUUUGUAUACCAUUCUUAAGUUAUGAUGUUGAACUUUGUAUGUUAUUUGGACGGCAUUAAACACUCAGGCUCCACAGUUCGAGCUGCACACCCAUUCCCGUCUGUUAGUCGUGAAUAUAAAUAGGAAUUGGACCACUUUGGCCAGAAAUUUUCACGUGGACUGAAGCGUUUCUUUUAUUUCUCCACCGAAAUUUUGGCAUAAUGCACAAAUGAUAAUGGGAAGCUGCCAUGAUUUAAUCUUUGUCUUUAUUUCUUGUAUUCAAGAGUCGUACAUCUUUUCAUGCCACCAAGAGGCUUGCCACGAAAAAUGCUUGAGUUUGAUAAAUUUCAGACCCGGUGAUAGGAGCCGAUGUCUUGAAGCCUGCAUUGCGAUCUCCCAUACAAAGGGGCAACCCUUUGAUUUUAGAAACUGUUUUCGCGGGAGUUUUGGCACGUGCCAUUAGUAUUAUCCAAUCAGAGCAGAGCUAUGAUCAUACAUCACAUGCUGAGCGGAGUGGUGAGCGCGCGAAAAAAUCUUUGAUCUUUUAUCUGAAAGCAGUGGCAAUCGCAAAGUAAAUACAGUUACGCAACAUGUCAUUGACAAGCUUCUUAUGAUCUAAGCACGGGUCUCACUAUCUAAUGAAAAUAACUGGAGUACUCCAGCUGGUACGGGGAGUACUGCUUGCAAUUUUUUAAAAUUUCUUCCGAGUCGCCCGUCUCACUGACUGAAUAAACAUUUUUCUCAUAAUAUCUGACGAGUUUCUUCCCGGAAAUUAAGGGGUUAGGCCCUUGUAAAUUCUCGGGAUAAGAGUUUGAUGGAGAAGAAUUCCUCCUCUACCUCGCUACAGAACUUGCUCAUAAAAGAACCUCAGUUUACCUAAUUUACUUUCACCUCUGCGUAACUUUACUCGCCUUUUUGUUCCCUUUACAGAAGCAGCUUUUCUUUUUACUGCUUUGCCUUGGACUCGUGUCAGUUAUGUUUCUUUAUCAAAAUCCCGAUUGGGGCCUGGGAUCCAUCAAGUUUCUUAGUCAUCAACAACAUUAUUUGGUUAGAGUCCAAGCAGGUGAGUUCAUAGUUUCAUGUAUACACGUCUAGACACUUUGAACUCCCGGAGGUCAUUUUAACAUUUAACACUCUUGUCAUGGCCAUUCCUCCCUUUUAUUGGACAGUAAGUCUUUUACAUUGGAGGUAGGAUUAGUCAACCUAUGCAGGCAAAGUAACCCUUUUACAAGGGUCAUUUUCCACCAUGACAAUGGUCGCUUUUAGUGAGCGCCUUUAAAUGCUCCUUUUAUCUGUAGUCAUCACGUCGUUUCUCACGCAAACGGCAAACUUCCUGAUCAUGGGCAGCCUCUGCUAUGUAUUGCUUUGGCCGUUGGCCGUUAGGUUUGCAUCGCAAAGAGGUAUGAGGUACAUGUUACGUUGACGUCGGAUACAUAACAAUCGGAUGGUCAUCCGCCCCUGCGAGUAUUUGCCUUUGGUUCAUAUAGUAAACAUUUGCAUCGUAAAUCUCAGUUUAUCGGCCCUUUCGCCAAAACUUUUGAGAAAAUCGUCAGUAAACAUAAAACAUCUUUUAAGCUUAUGCUCUUGGCUUGACCUCACUUAAUCUCACUUAAUCUUUACGUCACUGUUUUUUUUUACCAUUUGACUUUUUAGAUAAAGCCAGAAACCCUGAGCAACUUACAAUAAAUGGAGUCCACGACAUGACAGCAGCAGAGAUAAACCAACAAAGAACUUUGGAUUUAAAGCAAAGACUUCUUCUUCUAUCAGACGAAGAGAGUCAUUCCUCUCUCCAAGAAGAAAUAAUCUCAAAGCAGGAUCAGCAGCGCAAAGAUUCUUCUCAGUGUCAGUAUGAAGGAUUACAUAUUGCAACAAAGAAAGCUGUAAAUAUGAGUUGUGUGCCCUAUAAGAGAACUGACAAGGAUUGCCAUGAAGCGUUUAGUUACUUUGGGAUGUUCAACGUCACGAAUGCAGAUACACAUGACUGCGUAAUGCUUCCUAGUCGGCCAAUUUGUACAUUUCUCACGGAGUCGAGGUUUGGCCCCACAGAGAGAGUUUCUGUGACAUGUUGGAGAGACGUGUGCGACAAGUCAUCGCCAGUCUUUCUCGGCUGUGCGGAUCCGAGGUUUGGAAUCAUACACAACGAGAACGAUUGGCGCCAAUUUCACAGCGUAGGAGAAUUGGAGCAAGAGUUACCUGAGAUUGUAUCUCGAACUUCAAUAAAUGGUUUUAACUUUUGUUUACUGAAGUGCAAGGAGAGGAAUAAAAGUGUCAAACAAGCUCUAAUAUUCCCGCCAAUUUUAAAACGUGCGACGACAAAAACAGAUCAUGCAAAGAGAAAGAUAAACAUUAAUAUUGUACUUGAGGAUUCAGUUUCUCGGUCACACUUUUACAGAUCCAUGCCUCGCUCGGUCCAGUCUCUUCGUGAUAUUGCAAAAGAUUCUAGUUUCCAGGCCAGUGUGCUUGAUUUUGAGCUCGUUCAAAGCUUUGCUUCCUACACUCUUGUGAACACCCAGUUUUUGAUGGCAGGCAAAUCACUAGAGUAUAAAUCAGAAAGAACAAACAAUAUAAACAUACUCGCGGAGAAGUUUAAACGAUUUGGAUACCAAAUUUUAAUGCAGGAAGACUUGUGUUGGUACGAUGGGUGGGGAAGUUUUCUCUCCCCUUCUUACAAGAAAAACAUCGAACCUUUCACAGAGGGAUUCAAACAAGUUUUUGAAAACUACAAACAGGAAACCAAUCCUUAUUUAGACAAUGUGGGUCUCAGUUAUCUUUCUUGUGAGAUCCUAAAGGAUCUUGGGGUUACGAAUCCUUUCGGGCGUAAAAAACGCAACAACACUCUUUGCUGGGAUGGCAGAACACUGAGUGAAUAUCUUCUUUCUUAUGUUCGAAGGUUUCUGUCAUUAAUAGAUCGAAAUCCUGCAGCUGCUCCAGGAUUAACUUAUACUCAUCUUAACACAGGACACGAACCCUCUGGAAAGCGCAUUCGAAACGACGAUCGUUUUUUGUCAAGAUUUCUGGAAGAAAUGGCAAGAAGCGAAAACACUUUGACAAUCAUUCUCUCAGAUCAUGGAGGUAAGACAACAGAUUAUGCUAUCCAAACACUGCAAGGAAGCUUAGAGGUUUAUAGCCCAAUGCUUUUUAUGAUCAUUCCACAUAAAGUAGCACAACGCUUGGGCAAAGAUAGACUGAACGCUCUUAUUGAAAACCAAAAACGCUUAGUCACCGUGUCGGAUUUACACUACACAAUUACUUCUGUCGCAGAGCUGACAGAAAGUGGUGCCGCGGUCAGUCAGGCUAGUGGCUUACUGAGACCAGUGUCUGCUACUCGCACAUGCACAGAUAUACAAGGUCUUCAUUCGGAGGUGAUGUGUCGUUGCAAAGGUUGGAGAAAGUUCCUGAGUGCAAAUUCAGUGGAUAUUUUAUGGCUAGCAGAGUUUGCCGUUGGACAUAUUAAUAAUUUAGUGCAGAAACAAUAUUUAGCCGGUAAAUCAGAAAGCAAACACUUAAGUGGAUACGGAAAUUGCGCCAGAUUUGUUGGAAAAGCUAUUGAGCGGCCAAGGCAGGAGAUAGCCGGCAAAUAUUACAUCACAACAAUGAUUUUAGUUGUUGAGCCAGCCUAUGGUAUUAAAUCAAAAGAACGCUUCGAAGUCCAGCUUCGGCACUCAAGUGUUCGAGAACACAGAAUCACCUUCAUUAAAUACACACGACUAAGCUUUUAUAGUAAAUAUGAAAAUUGCGCAGACAGGGGCGUGGACGUGAAACUUUGCGCCUGCGAGACUCCGCGUCGACGAUCGCAUCAAUUAUCAGUGGAGAAACUGAUCCGCUCUCGCCAUUUUGUAGAUUACGGACUGAAGAGUAACACGCGAUCGCUGGACUCUAAAUGUUUGUUGGUGACUAUACGGAACCUAAAGAAAUAUGUCGUGUCUAAAAGGCAGACUCGCUUGAUGAGCAUUGAAGUUGCAAAUGUGUGCAGGGACAUUUUGAUGAAAGUUAAGUUGGGGGGCAUUCACAGGAAAACAAAAUUUUCCCAAACAUUACCGUUGUCUUUAGUCGUUAAGCCAAGGACAAUACAUUAUGUGCUGUCAGUACUCAAUGAGUGGAAGUAUGGCUUGUUUAGACCAGCUUUCAUGCACGUGCCCAUUAACCAGAUCGUGGGUGAUGAUCUUUCAAGAAGAAAGCGUGACAUACUAGAGUUUACGUGA